CCAUUUUUUCCAGUAGAGAGAGAGACCAGACCAGAGAGAUUCAGACAGUAGAGAGAGACUAGUGGGGAAGGAGUGAAAUUCAAAGCUCACACUUUAAUGGUGUUCAACCCCUCAUUCAAUUUUCACCUCUAACUUCAUCAUUUCAUCAACUAAUCUUCCAUCUUCGGUCUUCUCCCGGUAACAUUCCGGCCAAAAAAAGCUUCAAAAUCAGUCAAAUCUACUUCCUUUCUGUCUACUAAUGAAACCCUAAACUCAGUUUCAAAAAUGAGGAAGUGGGUCAGUUUCUUUCUUCCAGUUACUGCAACUUUUCAUCUUCUUCUUGUUCUUCUAUUUGUCUCAUCAGUUAGAUCAUAUGUUCCACCAUUGAACGAUGAUGUUUUGGGAUUAAUUGUAUUCAAAGCUGAUCUUGUUGAUCCAACAGGCAAGUUAUCAUCAUGGAAUGAAGAUGAUGAUACCCCAUGUAACAACUGGGUUGGUAUAACAUGUAACCCUAGAAACAAUCGUGUCUCAGAUGUCAUUCUUGACGGAUUCUCACUUUCCGGCAAGAUUGGUCGUGGUCUUCUCAGAUUACAGUUCUUAAGAAGAUUAUCUUUAUCAAAAAACAACUUCACUGGUAGUAUUAAUCCUGGUUUAGCUGGUUUGGAGAAUUUGAGAGUGAUUGAUUUCAGUGAGAAUGGACUCACUGGAUCCAUCCCAGAUGAGUUCUUCAAGAAAUGUGAGUACUUGAGAGCUGUUUCAUUUGCUAAGAACAAGCUUACAGGUGAGAUUCCUAAGAGUUUGAGUACUUGUUCUACACUUGCUGCUGUUAAUUUCAGUUCUAAUCAGUUGUCUGGGGUGUUGCCGAAAGAGAUCUGGGGUUUGAAUGGCGUUAGGUCUAUCGAUUUUUCUGAUAAUUUACUUGUUGGUGAGAUACCGGAUGGGAUUGAGAAGGCUUUUAAUUUGAGAGCUGUUAGUUUAGGGAGGAAUAAGUUGAAUGGGGUGAUUCCGGUGGGGAUUGGUGGGUGUGCUUUGCUGAAAGUGAUUGAUUUCAGUGAGAAUUUGUUGACCGGGGGAAUGCCGGAUUCGAUGAGGAAGUUGUCUUUGUGUAAUUAUGUUGAUUUACAUGGGAAUAAGUUGGAGGGUGAAGUUCCUGAUUGGAUUGGUGAAAUGAGUAGCUUACAGACUUUGGAUCUCUCUGGAAAUGCAUUUACCGGAGGGAUACCGGAGUCAAUGGGGAAGCUUCAGGCGCUGAAGGUGCUGCAUUUGUCUCAGAAUGGUUUUAAUGGUGGGUUUCCGGAGUCGUUGAGUAAGCUGACGAGUCUGUUGGAGUUGGAUUUGAGCCGGAAUUCGUUGACGGAUAUACUUCCAGUGUGGAUAUUUGGGUUGGGUUUGCAGAAGGUUUUGUUGUCUGAGAACAAACUGAGUGGAGAGUUGGAAUCUCCGGGGGUGUCGCUGGAGGGAUCGUAUCAGAAGCUUCAAGUCUUGGAUUUGUCGGACAAUGGGUUUACCGGUGGCGUUCCAUCUAAUAUUGGGGUUUUCAGUGGUUUGGAGAUGUUGAACUUGUCGAAGAACUCUCUGGAUGGAGUUAUUCCAGUGAGUGUUGGUGAGCUGAAGAAGGUUGGUGUUCUUGAUUUCAGUGAUAAUCAACUUAAUGCUAGCAUUCCUUCUGAAAUCGGAGGUGCAGUUGCUUUGAGGGAGUUGAGGCUGGAGAAGAAUUCCUUGUCUGGGAAAAUUCCUUCCCAUAUCGAAAAGUGUUCAUCGCUAACCACCCUAAUAUUGUCACAGAACAAACUUGAAGGUCCAAUUCCUGCAACCUUGGGUAACCUCUCCAACCUCCAGAAUGUAGACUUAUCUUUAAACAGCCUAACAGGAGCCUUGCCUAAGCAGCUUGCCAAUCUUCCUCACCUCCUGUCCUUCAAUAUCUCCCACAAUCAACUCCAAGGUGAUCUACCUGCUGGUGGAUUCUUCAAUACCAUUUCCCUUUCCUCUGUUUCGGGUAACCCGGCCCUGUGUGGUUCUGUAGUUGACCGCCCUUGCCCUGCUGUCCUUCCAAAACCCAUUGUUCUCAAUCCUAACUCUUCUUCUGAUGUGGCUGAACCCGGUUCUUUGUCCCCAAACAUGCGUCACAAAAAGAUCAUUCUGAGCAUUUCUGCGUUAAUUGCGAUUGGUGCAGCUGUUGUCAUUGCCCUUGGUGUAGUCGCUGUUACACUUCUAAAUAUCCACGCUCGAUCCACAUCAUCUCGUUCUGCUGCAGCCCUUGCAUUAUCAGCGGGCGAUGACUACAGCCGUUCCCCCACUACUGAUGCCAACUCUGGCAAGCUUGUCAUGUUCUCAGGUGACCCAGACUUCAGUGCUGGGGCCCAUGCAUUGCUCAAUAAGGAUUGUGAGCUUGGCCGUGGAGGGUUCGGAGCUGUUUACAGGACUGUCCUCCGGGAUGGACGGCCAGUUGCCAUAAAGAAGCUCACUGUCUCAAGCCUUGUGAAGUCCCAAGAUGAUUUUGAGAGGGAAGUCAAGAAGCUGGGAAAAAUCCGUCAUGAAAAUCUUGUGGCGCUUGAAGGGUAUUACUGGACUCCAUCGUUGCAACUCCUCAUUUCCGAGUUUGUCUCAGGAGGAAGUCUAUAUAAGCAGCUUCAUGAAGGACCGGGAGGAAAUGUUCUGUCAUGGCAUGAUAGAUUCAACAUAAUUCUUGGGACUGCAAAGAGUUUAGCACAUCUGCACCAGCUGGACAUAAUCCACUACAAUCUGAAAUCUAGUAAUGUUCUAAUAGACAGCAAUGGUGAGCCAAAAGUUGGAGAUUUCGGGUUGGCAAGAUUACUUCCAAUGCUAGAUCGUUAUGUUCUCAGCAGCAAGAUUCAGAGUGCACUUGGAUACAUGGCACCUGAAUUCGCAUGCCGCACAGUAAAAAUCACUGAAAAGUGUGAUGUGUAUGGGUUUGGAGUUUUGGUACUAGAGGUGGUGACAGGAAAGCGGCCAGUGGAGUAUAUGGAGGAUGAUGUGGUUGUGCUCUGUGAUAUGGUCAGGGGAGCAUUAGAAGAAGGGAAAGUAGAAGAAUGUGUGGACACAAGGUUAUUAGGGAACUUCCCGGCUGAGGAAGCUAUCCCUGUGAUGAAACUAGGCCUCAUAUGUACAUCUCAGGUACCUUCAAAUAGGCCUGACAUGGGAGAAGUGGUUAACAUAUUGGAGCUGAUCAGAUGCCCUUCAGAAGGUCAAGAGGAGUUGGAAUGAAACAAAAUGAAGCUGUUAUAGUUUUUAAACAGGAAAGGAAGGAGGAAGAAGAAUCAAGAUAGAUAACAAGAUAUGAUAUCAAGAAGCACAAAUAUCAUUUUACUGAAGUUUUUCCGGCGAAGAGGAAUCCGGUUUGUUUGUCCAAUUUACAAAAAAAAAGUAGAGAAAAGAAGAAGCAGAGCAGUAAUAUCUCUAGUGUUGUGUAAGUUUUAAUCUUUUGGUUUUUAGUCUUUUUGGUUUUUGGUAGUUUUUGUGUAUCUUGCUUUGUUAUUUCUUCUUGGUCUCCUAUUCCACUGUGUCUGUCUGUCUGUAACUGGUUAACGACGACGACCGAUACAUUUGCCGGAUUCCUAUUCACCGGGUUCCAAUUUGGGAUCAUAAUAUUAUUGCAGGAUAACUUCCUCAUUAUCUGUUUUUCA